GUCAAAACACGUACUGCUAUGAACUUUAUUGACAGCGUCCUCGCUCGUGCAAGGGACGAGCUGGUGGUUGAGCUAGCGAAAGAAUCAGUCAAUUGGGAGCAUCAAAUUAACUUGGCGCUCGCUGUGUGUCUUUUCCAGACACUUGGUCUCUUUCAUAGAAAUCCUGAGCAGCGUGCGUUCUCAAACGUAUAUCAUGGAAUGCUUGCGAUGAUGUUUCGUCUGAACGGAUUUUCACGGGCAACAUUCGAUUGGGUGCCUCCCACAGAUAUUGAUCAUGCAUCUGCACCACGGCUCUGGCGCGAGUGGGCGCAACAUGAGACUGCCAAACGAGCACUUGCAGUGUCAUAUCUGCAUGACUGUUGCCAUUGUAUUUACUUCAAUCUCCGCCCCACAUACGACACGACGGACUUCGAUAUGCGUUUGCCUUGUGAAGAUGCGCUUUGGACGGCAUCCACCGCGGAUGAGUGGUUGCAAUUACUACGGCAGCCCUCGCGUUACGGAUCCAUCCAAGAGCGGCUACGUGGUCCGAUGUUGCGGGCAACCUACGACAAACUAGCCGAGCCCGAGAGUGUAUCUGCGACACCUCUCGUGCUCAACCCAUGGUCUCAUAACAUCUUAAUCCACGUGGCCCUGCGGCAGUUCUUUGAAGAAUUCCUGGAGGCCCGCCUACCUGAGAUUGGGACCCCCCGCGCGUCCUCACCGAGCCGCCGCGAUACCCAGUACAUCAGCGACGAGCGAAUCGCCGAGCUGCAGCUCAUAAUGCACAACUGGCUGCAGAGCUGGCUGCACUCACCGGAGUCGCCAACGUACAAUGCGCGAGAGCCGCGAUUCAUGAACCAGGCGCUGCCGUACUACUGGUUCUCGCAGGUCGCCAUCCUCGCAUACCAGGAGCGCCUCCCGCCGUUCUGCACGAGCACGACGUUCGUGGUCUCCGGCGAGGCAAAGUUCCGCCUGAUGAAGAAGUGGGAGCGGCACAUCCGCAAAUUCCUGCGUCGCGGUGGCACGGAGCCGACCGUGUUCCUCGACGACCUCAUCAAGACGCGCAUGCGCAAAUGGGACAGCAGCGGGCUUGUGGAGGACGCGGAGGAGGAUCCGGUGCAUCUACUCGGGUUCUUCCCCGGCACUUGAGCUUGGGACGGCACAGUAGACCCGCUCCCUGUUGUUUGCGCCUUGUGUGCGCUGUUGGCCUGUCCCAGCACGUGGAUGGUCACAGAUACAGAUACUUUGGCAGUGCCAGUGGCCUGCAUCACAGCGCUACAGGACGGCAGGAUGCGUCAGGCGGCUAGCACGAUGCGACGAGUAGCAUGUACACGGGCCAUGGGGGGAUCUGGAGACUUGUUACUCGGUGAAUGACAGAAGAGGUGUGGAUGUAAUUGUAGACGAGCGUGGCGAACAUGUGCUGAUGCUGAUACCAGCAAUAUCUUGACGUU